CCAAAACAAGAGCUUUUUAACUUAUGCUUUUGCCUCCUCUUGAUCCAUCUGGACUCUACCACUAUAAAUAAACUCGCUAACUCUUCCUUUAUCUUCCACCACAAAACAUCACAUAUCUCAUAAGAAAAAAUACACAAAAACAUCUAUCAAAGGUUUUAUAAAAACAAUUAUCUUGCAAGAACAAGAUGCCUACAAUGUUAACAGAUGUCUUUAGAGGCCAUCCCAUUCACCUCCCACACUCUCACCAACCUGACUUCACAUCCCUCCGUGAGCUCCCGGAUUCUUACACGUGGACCCCCAAAGACGAUCUCCUCUUCGCCGCAGCUCCUUCCCCUCCGGCCACCGGUGAAAACAUCCCUCUCAUCGACCUGAACCAUCCCGACGCGGCAAACCAAAUCGGCGGUGCAUGUAGAACUUGGGGUGCGUUCCAGAUCGCGAACCACGGCGUGCCUUUGGAACUUCUCCAAGGCAUUGAGUUUCUCACCGGUAGUCUUUUUCGGCUACCUGUCCAACGCAAGCUUAAGGCUGCUCGGUCAGAGACAGGUUUCUCCGGCUACGGCGUCGCUCGUAUCUCAUCUUUCUUCAAUAAGCAAAUGUGGUCCGAAGGUUUCACCAUCACCGGUUCCCCUCUCAACGACUUUCGUAAACUCUGGCCCCAACAUCACCAAAACUUCUGCGACCUCGUUGAAGAGUACGAGGAACAAAUGCAAAAGUUGGCAUCGAAGUUGAUGUGGUUAGCACUAAAUUCACUUGGCGUCAGCGAAGAAGACAUUGAAUGGGCCAGUGUCAAUUCAGAUUUAAACUGGGCCCAAUCUGCCUUCCAGCUAAAUCACUACCCGGUUUGUCCUGAACCGGACCGGGCUAUGGGUCUAGCCGCCCAUACGGACUCCACCCUCCUAACCAUUCUCUACCAGAACAAUACCGCCGGUCUACAAGUCUUCCGUGAUGAUCUUGGCUGGGUCACCGUGCCACCGGUUCCGGGGUCGCUCGUUGUCAACGUGGGUGACCUCUUUCAGAUUCUAUCCAACGGACUGUUUAAAAGCGUGCUUCAUCGCGCUCGGGUAAACCAAACCAGAUCCCGGUUAUCCGUAGCUUUCCUUUGGGGUCCACAAUCUGAUACCAAGAUAUCACCAGUACCAAAACUGGUUAGUCCUGUUGGAUCGCCUCUAUACCGAUCGGUCACAUGGACAGAGUAUCUUCAAACAAAAGCAACUCACUUCAAUAAAGCUCUUUCAAUGAUUAAGAAUCACAGAGAGGAAUAGUCAUAUCUGUGAUCGGCUAGUUUAGUUUGAUUAAUAAAAAAUGUUGUAAAUUAGUUAAUGUCCUUAACUGUAUUUGAAUCGCAUUCACAAAAAAUAAACAAAUAACUGGCACUUCUCUCGAAUCGACCCAUGACAUGUUGCCACUAAUGAGAAUCACAUUUUAAAAAUUAAAUUUUGCAAUUAUGCGUUGAGGGUCCAAGAAAUU